GACGGAGGCAAGGCGGCCAGGCUGCCCCCCGUGGGAUUGGCCACGCCUGAGGCCGGCGGGCGGGCUGGAGGCAGGACUGUCCCCGCGCCCAGCCUUCCUCCGCCGCCGCCGCCGCGAGUGCAGCAGAGCCAGGCAGCAGGAGGAGGGCUGGAGGCAGGCAGUGGCUUCUGCGGCGACUGGAGAGAGGACUCUAAUAUCCUGUGUCCAGAAGGCUAACAUGCUGCCAGAGAAAGACCCUAAAAGGCAAGGGGAGAAGGACCCCCGAGAAGAUCCAUCAGUCACCCUCUUCCGGGAAUAUCUGAGAAUCAAGACUGUCCAGCCAGAGCCUGAUUAUGACACAGCAGUGAAAUUCUUGGAGAGAAUAGGCUCUGAACUUGGCCUCCAGUGUCAGAAAGUGGAGGUCUGCCCUGGCCGUGUGAUCACCAUCCUGACCUGGAAAGGCACAAACCCGCAUCUCCGCUCCAUACUGCUGAAUUCCCAUACAGACGUCGUGCCGGUGUUUGAGGAAUAUUGGCGCUAUGAUCCAUUUUCAGCCUUCAAGGAUUCUGAGGGAAACAUCUAUGCACGUGGAGCCCAAGAUAUGAAAUGUGUUUCUAUCCAGUACAUAGAGGCCAUCCGGAAACUGAAAGCCGAAGGUAGACAGUUCCCACGUACUGUUCAUAUGAGUUUUGUCCCAGAUGAAGAGAUCGGGGGCCACAAGGGGAUGGAAAUGUUUGUGAAGCGUCCUGAGUUUGCAACACUUAAUGUUGGCUUUGCCUUGGAUGAAGGCCUGGCAAACCCGACAGACACUUUCACUGUAUUCUAUGGCGAAAAAUGUCCGUGGUGGAUUAAAGUGAAGGUAGAAGGGAACCCAGGACAUGGAUCCAGAUUCAUUGAGAACACAGCUGCUGAAAAGAUGCACAGAGUGAUUACUUCCUUCCUGGAGUUUAGAGAGCGUGAGAAACAAAGGUUGAAAUCAGAGAAGCACCUUACCUUGGGUGACGUCACUUCCCUCAACCUGACCAUGCUCAAUGGGGGCAUCUCCUUCAAUGUGGUCCCCUCUGAGAUGUGUGCUGCCUUUGACAUCCGCAUCCCUCCCACAGUAGAUUUAAAGGCGUUUGAGGAGCAGCUCACAGCCUGGUGCCGGGCAGCUGGGGAAGGUGUUAGCUAUGAGUUCCACCAGAAAUACACGGAUCAGUCGGUGACCUCCACAGAGGAAUCUGACCCCUGGUGGAAGGCGUUCAGUGGCACCUGCAGGGACAUGAACAUGAAGCUGCAGUGCGAGAUCUUCCCUGCUGCCACAGACAGCCGCUAUAUCAGGGCGGCAGGACACCCGGCUAUCGGCUUCUCCCCAAUGAACCGCACCCCUGUGCUGUUGCAUGACCACAACGAGUUCCUGAAUGAGCAGGUCUUCCUUCGCGGGAUUGAGAUCUACGCCCACCUCAUCGCUGCACUGGCCAGUGUCCUUCCCCUGCAAGCAGAGGCCUGAAUAGGGGCAGGCAGAGCAUAAGGCAGCAGUCCGAGGGAGAGGGAAACCAAAGAAAGAAAAAGAGAGAGAGAGAAGCUGAAAACCUGCAUUGCUUCCUAUUUUGAGACGGGACCCUGCUAGAGGGGACGUAGGCCUUAGAUGUUUUGAUUGAGGGCUAGGGCUUGCUGAGAUCACACCCAAAGCAGACUGUUGCAUUCCAGCAUCCCUGAGUGGUACACAACGGGGGGG